UCUACGCAGAAUUUAAAAAAAUAAGUCAAACAUUUUUUUUUAUUACCUACUGUAAUUAACUCACUCAUUAGGUAUUAUAUCAUAAAAAUAUAUGACAAGUGUAAGAAUACUAUUUUUUAUAAACGUACAUACUUGUUACGUAAUACGUAGUACGUACCAUCCACUAUCCUUGUUGAAUUAUAGACACAACACUUAAAAUUGAAUACAUCUAUCAAUAUGAGCAGCUCAAAUUCAACAAAAGAUACAGUGUUACAACUAAGUGUGGGAAAAUUGAACGGUGGUCAGAAAAUACGUCACAGUUAUAAAUCGAUCAUCGUACGAUGGUUCAGAAAAUUAAAAAACUUAUCAAUUACAAGGAAAAUCAUUUAUUUCAUGAUCAUUGUGAUGUGUUGUUUAAUAUUAUACCAUUGGUACCUAACAUAUCAUAAUCGAGACAAUCAAGUGCAACGAUACAAGACCGACAAAAACUUAAAAAACUCACCAUAUAACAACAUCAAUUACGAAGAAUUUGAAAAGGAUCAUAAACUUAAUAUUGAUGCAAUGCAAAGAAAAAAGUAACUAAACAUUUAAUGAAAAUUCAAGUUUUCUUAUGGUUGUUAAAUUGGCUAGUACGAGUAGUACGACAUAUGUUCUUAUUAUACAAAUGAUAUAUUAUUUAUAAUAAACAUGUAUUUUAUAUUUUUAUUAAAAAUGUACUAGUAAUUGGA